AUGUUAUUGUACCCAAGCUUCUUUGACCUGGGUUUGGAGGGAUUCUGUUUGUUGCAGAGGAUCAAUUAUAUCACUCACCACACCCCAUCAUACGCACACGAAAAAAGCAAGGACCCUUGGCUUCUCCAAGACAAAUGUCAGUUCUCUCCUUUUCUCCCAAGACGCCUCUUCGAACGGAGGAACCGCUUCUCCAGUCAAGGCCCUGUCGCUCGCAACGCUCGCUUCUCGUGUGUCAAGACCUGUCGUCCUUCAGGCAAAAUGAAGUGUGGAAGAGUCCCAGCGUCAGGCUACGACACUUGCUGUCGCAGGUGCGCCACGGGCCAGGGUCACGAUGGCACUUGUGAUGCCAAGAAUCAUGUGCCUGCAGAGAGUGUGGUGAUUGGACACGUCAUGCCACCUGAAUUGUCGCCCAGUGGGCCCAGUGGGCCCAGUGCUCACCCUGCUCACGGUCCGACGCAUGCUCCAAUCUAUCCACCCUGUGGCCCUGGACCAUCCUAUGCUGGACCUGGUGCGUUCUUGCUGUCAGUGGAAAGUGCCAAGGACCUUUAUGACCUUGAUUGGACCGGCAAGAUGGAUCCCUACGUGCUCAUCCGCCUCGGCGGGCGAGAGUUUCGCACCGCGGUGAUGACGAAUGCUGGGAAGAAGGCGAAGUUCCACUGGGCACAGGUCAUCGACUGGCGCGGCGAGCCAGAUAUCCACUUCUUGGUGAUGGACAGUAAUGUGCUGGUGGCAGAUGGGGUGAUUGGAGAGGCCGUUUACAAAGGUCUUCCACUUCACCACGAUUUCGCAGGAGUCCUGGAGCUCAUCCGAAAGCACACCUUUGGAGGUUGUCAGAAAGCCGGAAAGUUGAAGAUUGCGAUUCAAUGGCAGAAGCCUGGAUAUCCAGGUGUGCACGCAGGUGCGCACGCACCGCACGCGGCACCGCACGCGCAUGGAAUGCAUGGACAUGCCGCUGGGUAUGGAGCGAUGCCAGGGCAUCCUGGUGCACUCGGUCAUCCCGGUGCUCUCGGUCCUGUGAGCCCUGCUGCUGCUGGUCACAUGCUCUUGAUGGGUGCAUAUGACCAUGGAGGCAAAAAGAAGAAGAAAAAGGAUAAGAAGGAGAAGAAGUUCAAGCUCAAGAAGUUGUCAAAGCACGGUUCGAGUUCCAGCAGCAGCUCCAGCUCUUAA